AUGCUUUAUCAGGUUUUUCUUUUGUCUGUUUUAGCCGUAGCUGCAUUUGCAAGUCUUCAUGAUGCUCCUGUCCACCAUGCUCCCCAACCUUACAAGUUCGGAUACAGCGUGAAGGACAAGCAUGGUGAACAACAUCGUGAAGAAGUCGGCGACGGCAAGAACGUGAAGGGAAGCUACGGAUUCACCGAUGACAGAGGAGUGCACCGACAAGUCAACUACGUUGCUGAUCAUGCGGGGUUUCGAGCAGAAAUCAAGACCAACGAACCUGGAACAGCCAAUCAGAACCCAGCAGCCGUCCAUAUGAUCUCCGAUGCUUCCUACAGCAAUGGCAGAUAUGCCGGAAUGGAAUCCGGGAUUGGAGGUGCAGGGAACAGAUAUUCAAAUUUUUGA